AUGGGUGACCUUCGGCCUAUAUCCUUGUGCAACGUCUUGUAUAAGAUAUUGUCUAAGGUGCUUGCGAGUCGUUUAAAAGAAGUGUUGCCUCAGAUCAUAUCUUCAAACCAAUCUGCUUUCAUCCCGGGUCGCCUUAUUACUGAUAAUAUUAUGAUAGCGUUUGAGGUUAUGCACUAUCUCAAAAGAAAGCGUAAAGGCAAAGAAGGAUAUAUGGCGCUCAAACUAGAUCUUAGUAAAGCUUAUGAUCGUGUGGAGUGGGGCUUUCUUCGAGCUAUGAUGAGUAAGAUGGGAUUUGACUUGCGUUUCAUUGAUCUUGUUAUUGCUAUGGUUAGCUCUGUGAGUUAUGUCUAUUGUCGUGCAAAUGAUAGAGAGGCUUCGAAUAUAUUACAUCUGUUUCAGCUAUUUGAGAUCGCUUCUGGUCAACAAGUUAAUUUCAGUGAGUUAUCUGUCUUCUUCAGUACUAAUGUGCCUAAUGCUACUCGGGACCGAUUGUGUGGGAUCCUUAGAAUGAGACUUGCAGAUGAACAGAGUACUUAUCUUGGCCUCCCUUGUGUCAUGGGAAGAAAUAAAGAUGCCAUUUUGGGGUUUUUGAAAGAUAAGAUGCAGAAGCGCAUUCAAAGCUGGGAGGGUCGUUUCUUGUCUACUGUUGGGCGUGAAGUCCUAUUAAAAACUGUAGCACAAGCUUUGCCAAGUUUUGUUAUGUCUGUGUUCUUAUUGCCUUUGAAAACUUGUUCACAUUUGGAGAGCCUUAUGUCUAAGUAUUGGUGGAGUUCGAGUAGUAGGAAAGGUGUGAGCUGGUUUAGUUGGAGGAAACUAUGCAAGACUAAGAACUCUGGUGGGAUGGGUUUUCAGAGUUUGCGUGAGUAUAAUCUAUCUUUGUUGGGUAAGCAAGUCAUCAAACAAGUGCCUUUGAGUGUUAAUCUUGUGAGUGAUAGUUGGUUUUGGAAUAAGGAUCCAACUGGUUUUUUUACUGUCAAAAGCUCCUAUAAUCACUUACAGUCGGUCAAUGGUAGUUGGAACUCAUCCAUGGAGGAUGAUGUUUGGAAGAUGUUGUGGAAGAUUAAAGCCCCUCCCAAGGUUUUACAUUUUGUUUGGAAAGCUCUUUCGGGUUGUUUGCCUACACGUACUCAACUUCAUAGUAAACAUGUUCCUGUGGAUUUACAUUGUGUGUUGUGCAGCUAUGGGGAAGAGUCAAUUUUCCAUGUUUUGGUUCAAUGCUCAUUUGCUCAUUCUUGUUGGCUCCGCUCUGCGUUAGGUGUUGGCCACUCUGCAGCAACCAAUUUCUUUAACUGGUUUAUGGAAGUGUUGACAGUAGGAAAUAUGGGGUUGGUUGGGCAAUUUGGAAGGCUCGGAAUGAUAUGCUUUGGAAUGGUCAAAGUUGUAGUGCUGCUGAUGUUGUUUGGUUGGCUCAUACCACUCUUCGACAAUGGUUGUGUGCUCAGGCUAAGCGGCGGGACUCGGGUUCCCUGCCGUCUAAUCGUAUUUACACGAGAGAACACUGGUCCAAACCAGCUGCUGAACAUAUAA